ACUACACACAAGUAAAGUUGUGGACUAGUUUUGUAACAAAGCUAACCUCCAUCCAAAUAAAGUAGGGUUAUCCAACCGCUCACUCUCCUCAACUUCGACUUCACCGUAGGGUUUAAGCUUCGACAACACUCACCACCUCUCUCCGCCGUAAUGGGCGGAGCCACUAGGUUCUUCGUCCUCCUUUCUGGUCCUCUUCCUCUCGUUCACUAUCGCCGUUCUUCCUUUCUCCGCCAUGCUUCUCAUUACCACAAGUUCUUUCGAUCUUCUCUCCACCCCAGCGCCAGAAUCUUAUCCUCUUCCUUUCACCCAAUUAGAGCCUCUCGCCAUGUUCAUUCCCAGGUCUCCACUAUUGGGGACGAAUUCGGGAGUUUUGAAGACCCAGGGUCCGCCAAUAGCAUGUUUUCUCCGGAUUCUUAUACUUGGCGGGAAUGGUCUCAGUUCCUCGGGGGUCUCAUCUCCGGUGGCUACUUCGGUCGUCGGGUUUCUGGAAUUGAGCUCGUCGCUGAUCUCGAGCUUCCGGCUGAGUUUUUGAAUACGGCCAACGCUUGCCUUGCGUUUUCCCUCGAGCGAGAACAUCUUUUAGGAUUGCUUCCGAGGAAGGAUAUUGAGGUGUUGGUUGAAAGCGUGAACCCAUGUUUUUUCAGAGAUGGGGACGAUUCAUCGAGGAAGAUGAAGUUGUUUUUACGAGGCGACGAAACUCAGGUUUCGGAUCACGAUAAGGCACACAUAAUUGAUUUAUUCAAAUUUAUCUUGAGCUAUGCAAGGAACCCAGUUGUUUCUUCAGAAAGUAAUCUGUACGGUAGAGAUCUGGUAGAAUUAUCUGUGAGGAAUCUGUUGCGUGAAAUAUGCAAGCUUGGUUUUAGUAAUCCAGAUCCAAAUCUUCCGGAGACGGCCAAUCAGAUUCCUGACAAAUAUGCACAACCACGAGGGCCUUACGGGCCAAAAAUUGAAAUGAAAAGAGGCGACUGGAUUUGUCCGAGAUGUAGUUUCAUGAACUUUGCAAGAAAUGUGAAAUGCCUCGAAUGUGACGAAGCACGACCUAAGCGACAGCUGAAUGGUGGAGAAUGGGAAUGCCCUCAAUGUGAUUUUUUCAAUUAUGGGAGGAAUACAUUGUGCUUAAGGUGUGAUUGCAAAAGGCCAGGGGCUCCAUCUGUCAGUAACAUUAAUGAAAAUUUUGCUUCAGGGAAUGACAAUGGAAGUCGUGCAACUAAGGUUGACAUUGAUAGUAAGUUGGCUGAUAAUGAAGAGAAAGCUCAACGCUGGUUUAGUAAGAUUUCUCAACUGGACAGUACGUCGGAUUCCGGCUCCUCGAUAGCAGAUGAAGAUUUCCCCGAAAUAAUGCCAUUGAGAAAAGGAGUUAAUAGAUUUGUCGUGAGCACGAGGAAAACACCUCUGGAGAGGAGGUUGGCUAAUGCUCAAUACAAAGGAAACUUAGGCAACUAUGGAGUCCCAGAAAAUAACAGCAGUGAACUUUCUGCUUCUAACAAUCCUCUUGACGAAAAAAUUGGUCAACGUUUGGAUGACACUUUUGGUCGCACGUCAACUAAUUCUCAAUCUACGAACCUUGGAAAGGAACAAGGGACUAGUACCAAUUAUACUUCGUCAUCCAGUUCAGGUUCUUUGCAGUAUGCAUCCUUGAAAGGAAGCAAUUCCAAUUAUGUUCCAUUUGUUCCAUUACCUCCAGAUAUGUUCGCGAAAAAACCUACAAAUUCAACCAUGGAGAGUAAGGUAGUUGGUACUGAUAAUAACAAAUCCCUUUCAUCGGGCUCUAAUGAGUGGACAGGCAAUGCUUCUCAGAGCAAUGAAAUGAAGGAAGUAGGAGAUACUCCACCACGGAAUGAGACUGAGAAAAUCAAUGAAGGGAAGGAAGAUGCUGAAAAAUCUGAGAGAUGGUUUAAAAGGGUUGCGGAACUGCACAAUGUGACGGAUCUUCCUAGUGCAAUUUCUGAUGAAGACUUCCCUGAAAUUAUGCCAAUACGCAAGGGAGAAAAUAGAUUUGUAGUCAGUAAAAAGAAAGACCGGUCUUUAACGUCUCCAGCGUAUAAAAGACAUGCAGCUAUGGAGCAAUCUGGCAGCUCUAACUUUGUCCCCUUUGUUCCUUUCCCACCAGACUACUUCGCUAAGAAAGAUAAGCACUCUUCAGAUUACUCAAAUAGUAAAGCAACUGAAGCACAGUCGAACAACACUAGAAUUGGAGUCGAUGAUGAAAAUAUCGCUCAACAGUCUGAUAAUAAAGAAACUCAAACAAGCAGGUUCAACUCAGAACUUCGUACAGGGAGUUCAAGUUGGAACAGUGAAGCUUCAAGUAGUGAUUACGUUAAAAAAGAGUCUAAUCACAACACCAAUGCAGCAGGAAAUCCAUCCGCGGAGGUGCAGAACAUAAGAGAGAAAUGGAGUGGAAAGAGUUUGAAAUGGAGUGGAAAGAGUUUGGAGGGUUCAGCUGUUACCGAACCAGAUCCAUUGGACAUGUCAGAGGAAGCUAAAGCACAGAGAUGGUUCCGUCGUGUUGCUCAGAUCAAGGACAUCUCCGAACUAAGUCAGAUUCCUGAUGAAGAUUUUCCAUCAAUCAUGCCGAUGCGCCAAGGUGUCAACAGGUUCGUAGUCAGCAAGAGAAAAACACCAUUGGAAAGAAGGUUGACAUCGCCUCAAUACAGAAGAAAUCUGCCCAUUGUCAGUUCAGACCCACCAAAGAGAGAGAAUGAUGACAGUUAAUUAAGAACAUGAACACCCAAGGUAUUUAUCUUCUUUCAAGAACUAAGAGUAUUGGUGUUGGUUUAUUUUAUAUCGUGAAAAAGAAAGCAACUUCAAAUAUGGGUUUUAUAAUUUAGAAUCUUUGAUUUCACUACAGUAUUGAUUAAAUUGAAUUGAAUUCAAUAAUAUUUAAACAAUAUAAUCGAUGACUGUGACGUUAUAGUUACUUGUGAAUAAAAUGUCUCAUUAGGUUUCUUUCAA